AUGCUUCGAGUCCAGAGCUUCGCCGCCUGCCAACACGGUGUGCCCCAGAGCCAGUCCCUGCAUAUAAGCGGUGAUGCGCUUGCGUCGCGCCGUGGCCCGCCAUGCACCACCAACACUCCAGCCCUGGGCAUAUUACCACUGCACUACCAUGAGGCCGAACCAUUACUACGAUUGGCUAUCUAG